UCCUCCUAGCCGCGCGCGCCAGCCAAGCACUUUGCUGCUCUGGCCGCUCUUUUUUUUCCCCAUCCCCCCCUUCUGUCACACUUGUUUUUCCUAGGCCAUCUCACCCACCUUAGUACUAAAGCAACGUCACUCUCGGUCACAAACCCUCCGUCACCUCGGAGCGCACUCCUCUGUUUUCAUCCACCUCUUUUCUCUCCGGUCGUCGGUCUUUUUUUCACGCCAACGGCAGUACCCACUUAAACACAGUCGGUCUCGCACGAGACACCUCGUGCGCUAACAUCUUGGGCGGGAGCCCCCCUCCCUUUAGCGGUCGUGUUCUUCGCAAGUUGGCCGGCUCAACAAACAUCGGCCAAGACAUCCGUUCCUGGUGCCUGACGUGAACCCGCCGUUUCGAAGAACGUCGCCGCGCUUUUUCUAAAGCCUUUAUCGCCAAGACUGGAACCGCACCUUUCAUCUCCCUUUGAAGACUUCGGGACUUAUCUACCGUUUGAAGCGUACGAAGCUACAACUCGAGGCUCGGAUUAUCUACUUCUACUUGGCCUGUAACCCACCGACAUAUACCUCGGAGCUCCCUUUCGACUCGGUUCCGUCCAUUUUCGAGUCGGCGGUGCAACCCCCACACUGCAAUAAGUGAUACCGGUGUUGUUUUCUGGUGUUUUGCGUGUGAAUGCGUGUUUUGUGUUUGUCGUCGUCGUAUUUAUUGGCAUCGCGAGUGUGAGAUAGACCGGUCACAAACGUGCGUUCUACUUAUCCAGCGUUUGCCGCAACGGGGUUUGUGCGAGAAGUUCGUCAACGGCGUGCUUCGAAAAAGGGAGGUCCCGACGCCCGUCUCGAAGACAUACCUACUAGGGGAGGAAUUGUGACGGAAGAAAAAGGGUCCCCAACUGCUCGACCUUGAAACGCUGCAGGUGUGCCGAGGCACCUUUCUUGUUUGCUGUUUUUUUUUUUUUUUUUUCUUUGUGUGUGGAGUCCCGCAUACCUCGACUCAGGUCCCCGCCGUGCCUCGCGUACUUUCAGCUGAAAACUUUUCACCGAGAAGCGACUGCCGCUAAGCGCCUUUCCAACCGUUGCUCGGGGGGAGGCAUACAUACUGUACGCUUUUGUUGAGUUUCCGUGCAUAUUUGCCGCUCAACGGACGCUCUUCGAAAGACCGGCGAGGCGACGCAGCCCAUCUAGUUUUUCUUGCCCUGUGUGGGAACCACAGCAAACGACGCCGAACAACCUACCCGAGGAGGAUUCGAACGGAGCAGACACCGAACGGUGUGGGUGGUGUUUUUUGAAAAGCCUUCUGGCAAGGCAAGUGCGUUCGCGGUUUUUUUCUCGGAACGGCGGUUCGUUGCCGCGAGACGACCUACGACAGAUAGAAAUCGCUGUGUGCGCUUUCUUUCCUCUUCUAUUUUUUUCGGGAGUGCGCGGGUGUGUGCGUGAGCGGUGCGCCGCCGGCUUGGUGUGAUACGUUCAGAGAGGAGGUGGAAGAGGCGAGGGGAUUCCCUUUCUGCUCGCUGAGCUUUUUUGACAGUCGACGCUUCUGCGAAGUGUGUGGAGAGAGUAACAACAUGCGUGGAUCAGACGAGCUGCUGACGCAGACCAACGCUGUGAGCAAUGGCACCAUCAUGAGCCCACAGAACAACCACAGUGACAACAACAAUGAUGCCAAAAAGGUGAAGCUGGACACAGGUGGCAAAGUGGUGGUUGGAUCGGGCAAGCCCUCAAGGGUGGUGCACAUCCGGAACAUCCCCAACGAUGCAACGGACACUGACAUUGUUCACUUGGGUGUGCCCUUUGGCAAAGUGACCAAUGUGCUCCAGCUCAAGGGCAAGAACCAGGCAUUCCUCGAGAUGGCCGACGAGAGCUCAGCCAUCGCCAUGGUCGACUACUUCGCCAAGGCCUCGCCAACUGUACGCGGGCGGGUGGUCUACGUCCAGUUCUCCAACCACCGUGAGCUCAAGACAGAUGGUGUCCACGGUUCCCUGACUGCGCAGGCCAACCAAGGGGGCGAGGGUGGUGGUGCCAACACAGUGCUGCGUGUCGUGGUGGACAACCAGAUCUACCCAGUCACGCUGGACCUGCUGCACAGCAUCUUCAGCCGAGCAGGAAAGGUCCUCAAGAUCGUCACCUUCACCAAGAGCAAUUCAUUCCAAGCCCUCAUUCAGUUCAGUGAUGUCAUGGGUGCCCAGGCGGCAAAACUGGCCCUGGAUGGCCAGAGCAUCUACAACGCAUGCUGCACGUUACGCAUCGAGUACUCCAAACUGACCAACCUCAAUGUGAAGUACAACAACGACAAGAGCCGCGACUUCACAAACCCCACCCUGCCCACAGGGGACCCCACCCUUGACAUCGGGCUUGCUGGUUCGUUGGGUAUACUGGCGUCCCCGUUUGCUGCCGCCGGCCCGGGCCUGACCUCCCCACUAACCGCUGCCUAUGCCGCCAGCGCCACAGCAGGGCUGCCCCUGGGUGGCUUUGCCCUGUCACCGUCAUCCCCGGCUGCGGCCACAGCUCUCGGCAUGGCCGGCAUCCGGCUCCCAGGACAGCCCACCACCAGCUGCGUGCUUUUGGUGUCCAACCUCAAUGAACAGAUGGUCACGCCCGACGCUCUCUUUACCCUUUUUGGUGUGUAUGGCGACGUGAUCAGGGUGAAGAUCCUCUUCAACAAGAAGGAUAGCGCGCUCAUUCAGAUGGCCGAACCACAGCAAGCACAGCUGGCCAUGAGCCACCUGGACAAGCUCAAGGUGUACGGGAAGCCCAUCCGGGUGACGCCAUCCAAACAUCACAUAGUGCAACUGCCCAAGGAUGGGCAGCCAGACGCUGGCCUCACCAAGGACUACAUCAACUCGCCCCUGCACCGUUUCAAGAAGCCUGGCUCCAAGAACUACCAGAACAUCUACCCACCCUCGGCCACCCUCCACCUCUCCAACAUCCCGCCAACGGUCUCUGAAGAGCAGAUACGGGAGGCAUUCACGCAAACCGGCGGCACAGUGGUGGCAUUCAAGUUCUUCCCGAAAGACAGAAAGAUGGCACUUAUCCAGAUGGGCUCUGUCGAAGAGGCUGUCACGGCACUCAUCAAAAUGCACAACUACCAGCUGAGCGAUUCCAAUCACCUGCGGGUCUCCUUCUCCAAGUCGACAAUCUGAGUAGGCCCUGUCCAAGCCUCUCCUCCUUUAGCGCCUUCUCGGAGCUUACACAACUGGUGGAAGAGGGUGGACGGGUCUUGUGACGGAAGAGGCCGAGACUGCUGAGAGAGCAGCAACAGCAAAGUGGGACCCAAAAAAAGAAGAAAAGAAAAAAUGUGCGACAGAAGGCACAGCAAACAUUGCCAUGGCACGUGGAGCAAGGCAUCGUCCCGUUUCAAAAGGACCACAGUGCACGCGCGCGAUGCUGCGAGGCACGCAUCUGUUGUGACAUCCUGCGCAGGAUGUCAAAACGCGGCAGGGUAAUCUGCACAGGGAGGGGGUCAAAUUUUACGUUUAAACUUUUUUUCUUUUUGUCUUUUCAAUUUGAGAAGUGGUGGCUGCACCUCAUCUGUAUGUCAAAAAGGCUGAGCCUGACUUUUUCAAAAGAAGUGUUGCGUGUGCCGAAGAUGAGGCAUUUUUUGUGUUUCCUGUGGAACGGUGCUGCACCUCCACUGCCUUUAGUUUUGCCCCUCUUUUUUUUUUAACUCUUAUUGAGACGUGUGCAUUGUUAUUAAGAGUAGUCUGCGGCGGGUCUGCAGGCUGCCUCCCCCCCAUCCCGCUUUUUUUUUUUUCCUUCGUUUUCCUGCGUUUGGAUUGAAAUCACAAGCAGCAACAUGAGUGAUGAGUCCUCUCGGCAUCCAUCCUUCCUACACCCCUUUUCAUUGCCUUUCUCAACAUGUUGAGAGGUCAUCUAGAAAACCAUGCACCUAAAUAUCAGCCUGGCUGAGUCUCUUAUCCCUGCUCCACUUGGUGGUUUUGAGUUAUCUUUUUUGUGGCUCCACGCCAGUUUCAGCGCGUUUUACAGUUGCAACGCCCGUGUGUAGAAGGAGUGUGCAGUUCACCGAUUUGUUUGUAAGUCGGUGUGUGCAGUGUGCAAGACGGACACCUCUGGAAGGGUACCAAUUGCGCCUUGUGGUUUGACAUCUUAAAAAGGAAUAACAGGGUCUGCCAGUGGGACAAUGGAAAUGGCAAAUGCCUGUCGGUGUAUUCGUCCCAUGUUGCCUGCACUGUUGUUCCAUUUCUGAGGUCAUAAACAGAGCAGGGACAUAGCAGGGUCAUUUUUAUUUGGGCCCCAUGCAGAUCAGCGUCUUUAUUGUGGCUAGCGAAGUGUGUGUCGAGCUUGCAGAAGUCUUUUACCAAAAUAGACUGGCAGUACCGUGACUUGUGGAAAGAUUGGCGUGUUAGCAGCAGUAGACGCAUAAAUGAUUGCACGCCUGUUAAUGGAGCUGGACUGAUUGAAGAGACACUUUGAAUGUCUCUCCUGGACCGACCUGCACACUGCGCACACAUGGUGUGCAAAUGCUAAGCCUUUGUUUUGCUUGUCAUCUGGGUUUCCAGUGCUGUGGGAGGGUGGGGGUACCUUAGUAUCAACUGUUCUCAUCGACAAACCUGCUGUCACUCAUGUGCUUUUUCGAAACCUGAGGGCUCUAGCUGGGUCUAGACGGUGGUGUAGCUUUAAGCUGUAAUACAAACAUCAGAUAGUGCAGAGAGCCAAGCUCUUGGCAUGCACCUAUUUUUAUACCGUGCCUUUGUUCAUCAUCCUCGAGAACACUGCUGAGCAAUGUGCUGGCAAGAUAACCCCUUUGGGAAGUUUUGCCUAUAGCGAGAGCUCGUCCCCCCCCACCCCUCAUUUUGUUUGCCAUCGCCCACCCCAGCAGCACUGAAAACGGGGGACCAAUGUUAGCCCGACAUUGGGACACCUCAUGACCGGUCCACCAUGGGGUUAUGCUGGCUCGCCGUUACGAAAUGCACUGGGUUGUCCAAUAUUGGAAUUGCAAUGGCAGCCUCACUUCUGGCUCAACUCGAGCACUGGUGCUGGUGUCACAUGUGCGAACUGGCAAUGCGUGCUCUUAACACUUUUUUUUUUCUUACCCUAAAACGGGACAUUUCCACCUCCCUGCUUUCUCGUUUAUCCUACCCAUUAAAUGCACUGUUUUUAGUUUAACACCUUUGUUUUCAUUUUUAUUUUUAUGUUUGUGUAGUGCAGGGAAAAAGCCGUUGCUGUUGCUGUGUGGUCUUGCGCAGAGUCUUUGCCAUGUUGCCGAGCUUUGUCACUGUUUACUACAUUACCUUAGCACAUAAUUCUCUCUCUCUGUAGUGUAUUAUCUAUGUUUAGCCAAGAUAAGGGACCUGUAAAGGCCUUGCCAUCGUCCCGGCUUGCUCGGUUUCGUUAUUACUCUACAUCUACCGAGCUCUUUAUUUUCUGUUUUCCUGCAAUGUGCAGUUUCACAGCCUAUGUACGAGAAGAGCUUGGUUGCAGGUUUACUAGCCUCUCGCUUUGUCUGCAACUGAUUUGUGGUCUGUGGUUCAUUGUUUUUUUUUCCCCUCUAUCUUAUGCCUUUGAUAUGUUGCACCUUUUCUUUGCCACUGGGCUUUAAACUUUGGGUGCCUUCUGACUAUCUUCUGUUCAGUAUUUUGACUAUUUUAUUGUUUCCUCUGCUGUGUACGCUGUGGCUUAACUUUUUCCUUUGCCUGGGGACCAACCCAUAGGUCGCAUGGCUUUCACUUUUGCCUGUGCUUUAUGUUCCUUUCUUUUUUUUCUAAUGUAAUAAAGCUCCACUCCUCCAUGCUCGCCCUGUUUUCUUGCACCCCAAAGCCCUCUGUAUACCACACACAUUUCAACCUAGUUCUAAAUGUUUCCACAAGCUCUGCUGCCCGUUCUCCCUGUCAUUUUUCAGGCGUUACAGUGCUUCUGUGGCCCAGCUGUGUAGUCCGGUCCAACAUAUCAGCGUUAAUUGAAAUGUUAAGGUGCUCGUGGGUGGUCCAGCCUAAUGAGGCAUGGCCUUUGAGAACCUAAAUGGAAAGGCUGUGUGUGUAGCUUUCGGUCAAUGAAUCAAGUUAUACAAUUGGCCCAGGGCACGAUUUUUGGCUCUGUUGUGAGGAGUAACCAUUAUGUCGGCCGUUCUCAUUGCGUUCAAGAAAGCCCGCCACGUUUUGUCUGGCCUGUUCUUUCAGUUCGAAGCACGCAAGAGCAACGGCUUUACUCCAAAUGGCAGGAGUUUUCUAGCAUUCCAAGUUUUCCCGUUUUAUCCCCGCUGUGCGUUUUUUUUUCUACCACUUUUUGGAGGGUUUGGAAUUGGUUCCUCCUCUAGGUUGACCCCCACCUAGCACAUAUUUUUGUGAACAUCUCUUUCAUAUGUAGCUUGCUUCCUGAAGUGUUUACAAUUUUUUAUUCCCUCUUUUUAGUGUCUUUGGUGGUUGUGUUACCAUAAUAAUCUGCCUCUGUUACUGUUUCACACUCGCUACAACACUCUCCCCCUCCCUAAAGCCACUGUGGCCCAGGCAGAUCUGACUUGAACAAAGUAACAUCCCCCCCACACACACAUAAUUUUUUUUUUAUAUUGUAUCAUCAUGUUUUUGGCCAUUCAGCAUCAUGCCCUCCUGUUGGAGAGUACUGGGAGGAUUCAUGUGUUUAUUUUUUAUAGAAGUGAAAAAGCGAGUAUUUUGGUGAAUAAACAUGUUGAUUUCUUCUUUUUA